GUCUCGUAACUAUAUAAGAAAGUCGACCGCGGUGAUCGAGACGCAGACUAUCUUUGCGCGUGGUUGUUCAAUUUCACUCUCAUCCUCUGGAGCGUUUAAAAAAUAUCAAAGAUGAAGAGACUGAUCAUAAUCGCGUCGAUGGUGGCGAUCGCCGCCUCAUACAGGAAAGGAAGAAGCAGCGUCUCGUCGAGUGUAGAAAACUUUCCGCCUUAUCAAAGGCCCGUUUGGCAUCCACCGCUGUACGACCAACACCGUUCGUUCAGAGAGCUUUCGCCGAAAACGCAACAGUAUCCACCGUACAGGCAGCGAUCCAAUAGGCAGGAUAUACCGCCUCGGCCGGAACAAUCGCCUUUCAGAGAUCAACCGUAUCAAGAUUACCCACCGUACAGAUACCGUCCGUAUUACGAAACCGAUCCAUUCUUUAAAAACGUUUCGCACGGCCCGUCCUCGUACUUCGCUGAUGGAUCUUCGUAUCAUCAAGAGAGGGAUCAGAUACCGUACACGGGUAAACAGCCCUCGUAUCAAGACGAUAGGCAAUUCUUCCGCGAUGAUUACCGAUUCCCAGAUCAAUACGACAAGCCGAUUAACUAUUACAAAGAACAAUCGGGGCAGCAACAGGUCGAAUCGUUUGGAAGGGAUCCGGAAUAUUUGAAGCACGGAAACCAUGGUCUCGGAUAUGCGUUUGUGCCACCCAUUUCACCGCACGAGAACCCUCUACCAUUGAACGAGGAAACAUCGACGACGAUGGCACCGACCACCACCCACCAGCCAUUGCACCAAUCCACCACCGCUGCGGCUAUCACCCAAGUUCAUACGUCUUCAACUUCCGAGCCGAAAAUGGCUCCUCUCAAGCCUUUAUAUACACCGACCAUGCCACCCGUGAAAGCCGUCACCGAUAAGCUGGCUGGCCACACCACCACCAUCGCCACCACACGCGUAUCGACCCCCCUAAUUUCUACGGUCACGGCGAAAUUGGCCGAUUCGACGAGCACCGAGAACAGCUUACCUGUCACGGAACCUCCGAUCGUAUCUUUCGGACGACAGUCAGCGGCUCCAGUCGAGUUUCCAGCGGUCAAAUUCACUUUACCAACGUCUUAUUACCUCCCUUCAAGUUCAAAGGAAAAGCUCCAGCAAUCUCUGCUCAGCUACCUGUUAUCGCAACAGUCGAAAGACUCGGUGAAAAGCGCAGCGAGUAUCGUACCCACGAGCCACGAAUUAUCAGAUACCUUAAACAGCAAUCUAAACAACAAAGUACAAGGCGCGGUGUUGAAUUACGUGCUUCCAGAAGAAUCGAAGGACGCGUUGAAGAGCACGUUGCAGAAUUCACUGUUGAACUAUCUCCUCCAGCAACAAUCCAACCACGGAUCGACGUUUCAACAACCUUCCCUGUUCGAGGCGACGAAUCACGCCCCGUUAACCUCGAUCGUUGACAGGCCAAAGAUGACACUGCCGAGUAUACCGAUCGCUACUUUGUCACCGGUUUCUCGCCCGUUCUCGCAACCGAUAAACUACAUCCCGAUAUCGAUGCCAAAAGUGUCCCCGUUCGCGGCUCAAGACUCGUCCCCCGGCCUCCAAUUAGAUAUAAACUCGUUCCCGAGAAUCGAUAAACUUCAAGACACGAGUUUACCCACCAGCCUGACCUCGAGCGUGUUCAACAGUUUACCUGGGGGGAUAAACGGCGGCAUAAGUGGUAGCAUAUCCGAGGGCGUAUCAAAUGGCGUACCAACUUUGAACUUGGGCCAGAAUUUCCAAUAUUUAGGCCAGAUGCGACCGUUUGAACCGGCGAGGAGUCAAUCGUAUUCCACAGGAUUGCAGUUACAGCUGGGCGGUUUCGGAGGGAUGGAUUACGCGUUGCGCUCCACUAAUCCUGCCCCACGUUCCACCAACCUGGGCAUUACAAAAUUGGGCUUAAGUUUGCCAGAAUUUCCACGCUUCCUACGUCCCACGAUACCGGCUUCCUACGUUCUCUGAGGAUGAAUUGAAAACAACCUUUGACGAACGAAAAUAGAAAAUCCAUCGUUUGGAAAACAAGUGUUUAUUAAAGUAUGACAAAGUAUUCUAACAGACUGCCAAAGUGUAAAAAUUUCUAGGUUACACUGAGACAUGUAUUUCAUAGUAUUGUAAUCGUGUUGUAAUUUAAUUUAAUAAAAAGAUAAGUGUAUCUAUUUAAAA